AGGCUUCCUACACGAGUUUCCAUCCAACCCCUCCCUUGCGACAUUUUUGUCGUCAAAGAUCGUGUUGAUUUUACUUUUCCCAGUAGAUGCGCAUUUAUUACAAUUAAAUGCUGACGUGGUAUGCGUUAGCAGUGACUUUUUUCCUGCUGCAGUAGCAGGUGCUCCUGAAGCAUCGAUAAGUCAUCAUGGUCACUUCGUCUGUCCCGCCUGCCGAUCCGAGCACCACUGAAGCUGGUUCGUCGAGGUUGCCUCCGGACGGGCCUGCUCCAAGGGAGAAGAAGUAUGUUAGACUCUACUAUGCACCGACUCCGAAUGGUUGGAAAGUUUCGAUUUUGCUUGAAGAGGUGGGCAUCCCCUACGAGAUUAUUCCGAUGAAUCUUGCCGCGAGAAACCAGUACAAGGAGAGCUCGCGAUAAGUCCCAAUGGCAAGAUGCCUGCCGUGGAAAUAUUGGAAAGGAUCGUCGAUGGCAAAAAUGCAUAUGAGGUCGUGGACACGUGCUUCGAAUCAGGCGCCAGAAUGUGGUGGCUGGCGACUCGGCACUUUCGUGCGCAGCUACGGCCAUUCAUCCCAAGAAAAGACGAGCGGGACGCUCUGGAGUGGCUUUUUUGGUUGAACGCGAAUCGGGAACCUGUUGCCGGUACCGUGAGCCAUUUUCUCUACUACGCCCCGCCGAAAAUCAUCGCUGCCUCCUCACAAGAUAAAAAAGUAUCAACUUCCUAUAACGAGGACACUGAAAAAGAAAAACGUCCAGGAGAUCCAGCACUCCUUGUGAAAUACAGUCUCACGCGUGCUCGCACCGAGUAUUCUCGUUUAUUGCAUGUUUUGGUCCGCCGCGUCGCAAACGGUCGAUUCCUUGCCGGCGAGAAGUAUACACUUGCAGAUAUGGCUGCUUGGCCGUGGGCAGAGCCGUGGAAACGAUGGAUGGGAAAAAGCUUAGCUGAAGCCGGCUUACCGAAUGCUGACGAGUGGUUCGAGAAACUGCGGAACAGGCCAGCAUUGCAACAUGGGAUCGCAGUAAUGCGAAAAAUAAGGCAAAAAAAUUAGCGAAGAGUCCACUUGCAAUUACAAUAGUAGAUGCAAUUUGAUAUUGAUUUUGAAAAUCAAGCAACCACUUGCGUUUAAAUGUAUACAUGGGCCUAUUCUGCCUCUGCCCGUUCUUGAGCCCUGGUUCUUACCGAUCAAUAACAUCAUAACUGAUCAUGCAGUUGCAGAGUCAAACUGUGUACAGUAUAAUCUUUUUGAGAAAGCAGUCGGUCUCAUGUAGCUGCAGUGUCUCUACUCGAGUCACAACGGAACGAGGCAGCUACCUGUAGUUGCUACGUGGUUCGAAUGAAUGAAUGAAUGAGAACAAACGUAAUACCAGCCCCGCGUAAUAUCGUAAAAGAUUACAAAAAAAACAAAGUGCUCUCUUUCAUUUUCUGAGGCACAGCAGCAGCAGCAGCAGCAGCAGGAGAGAUUGCGAGAAUGCAAGUCAACCGCAAGCAUUGACGAUGCAAAAUAA